AUGUUUGUUUUGAACCUGACAGAAUUGAACCGGUCUGAUAUCUGUGAGCAUUUCUCCUGUCCAGAGAGAUCUGUAUCUCCUGCAGUUUAUAUCUUACUGUAUAUGUGUUCAGCUGCUGUGGUUCUUCUAACAGUGUGUGGAAAUAUGCUCAUCAUCAUCUCUGUUCUUCACUUCAAGCAGCUUCACACUCCGACUAACAUCCUCGUUCUCUCUCUGGCCGUGUCGGAUUUCCUCAUCGGUGCUUUAGUGAUGCCCCCGGUGUUAAUCUCGGCCAUCGAGUCAUGCUGGAUCUUUGAUACAGGCUACUGCAUCAGUUUUUUGAUGACUACUUACGUUCUCUCCAGUUUAGCCAUCUACAAUGUUGCUCUGAUUGCUGUGGAUCGCUAUCUGGCUCUUUCAAACCCUUUUCUCUACACUAACAAUAUUUCUAAAAGGACCAUGAGCAUCGUGGUGGUUUUCAACUGGUUUGGUUCUCUGUUGUAUAACAUUUUACUCUGUUAUUUCAAUGGAAGCUUCACAAGUUCUAUAAUGUGUCCUGGGGAGUGUUUUCUUUUACUAAAUGAGGUUUGGUCUGUAGUUGAUCUUAUAAUAACAUUUAUAUUUCCAUGUUCCAUAAUAAUCAUAUUGUACAGUCGGGUUUUUCUGAUCGCUAAGAAACACGCCACUGCUAUCAGAGAGCUUAAUAAUCACACACGACCUCAAACACAGAAAAUCACCUCCCACUCCAUGAAAUCUGAGAGAAAAGCAGCCAAAGUCCUCGGCAUUGUAGUGUCUGUGUUUAUAGUGUGUUUUCUUCCAUAUUUUAUUUACAGUUUAUUAGCUGAUGUUAUUGGAAUGCAGGCAGAUGCAUUUAUGAAAGUUUAUAUUGUGCUUUGUCUGAAUUCCACCAUUAAUCCAAUUAUUUAUGCUUUGUUUUACCCGUGGUUUAGGAGGUGCGUUAAAUUAAUCAUAACUGGUGUCUCGGAAGACGACGUCAUUAAAAGACGACAUGUCCUAAACUCCUCCCAGGAGACCAUCACACUUCAAGACCACUCUGGAAGCUCUGUCAAGUCUCAGAGCCCUUGCAGGUCGGUUCCAAACGCUCAGCUCCUGAUCUCCGCCGAGGGCGCCGCUCAGCCUCUGACCUCCGCCAAGAGCACCGCUCAGCCCCUGAUUUCCGCUGAGGGCGUCACUCAGUCCCUGAUCUCCGCAGGGAGCGUCGCUCCACCCCGGUCCUUUCCAAAAUUCCCCUGUUCCUUGCCGAUGGCGAGGCCUUCCUUCGAGUGCCCUGGCCCACCUGGUGUGGGUGGGUUUGGGGCGUCAGCUGCUGCCCCUAGAAGGGGGGGGUAA